AUGACGACCCACAACAUAGAAGCAACUUCAGAAGUAGCAAUAUUGGCCGGAGAUGAGCUCGAUCCUAGAAUCAACUUCGAAAUACCUAUGGCUAAAGGCGACAAGCUGAAGACCGCGUUCAUCACAGAAGAGGCCAACCUAUACUACAAGAAAAUUCCUAGGUUCAUGCUCACACAGUGCGAGAUUGAAGCUAAUCCAGAGAAAUGCCAGACAAAUAUUAAUAUGAGAAGCCCAACCAACAUCAAAGAAAUGCAACACCUAGUGGGAAGAUUGACUUCCAUAUCCCGCUUCCUACCCAAGCUCGCAGAAAAAACCAGGCCAAUGGUUAAAUUGCUUAAAAAGUCAGCCAAGUUAACAUGGGAUGAUACUUGUCAGCAAAACUUCGAUGAACUCAAGCAACUCCUCACAAACCCACCCAUCCUUAACAAACCAAACCCUGACUUACCCCUGGUAGUUUACAUAUCAGCUUCCGCUAACGCCAUCAACGUCGCAAUAGUCCAAGAAGUGCACAAUGAACAACAACCAAUUUAUUUCAUUAGCCGCAUACUACAAGACCCCGAGACAUGUUACCAAAUGGUAGAGAAGGUCGCUUUAUCAGUCAUAGCGGUCAUUGCCUGA